ACAUAUGUACAUAGGUACCUAGGUAUCUAAGUACAGUGCCCAAAGAAACAUUACCUAAACAUCCAUCUAGCCACAUCAAGUACAACGUGGAAACGCUAAACGUUUCAAGAUGGAAUUACAUAAUAGGGAAAAGCUCGCUAGCAAAUACAUGUAGUUUUCCAGCUCGGCCACUUUUCGACGUUAACCAUCAUCCGCCGGUGUAAGCAUCUCCCGUCCUGCCGUCUCGGCAUCCUAUUACAUCCGUAACCUAGAAGCUUCACGAUUUAAUCUGCCCAGGUACCCAUUUAGGCGUAUACGUAUACGUAUCUUGCGUGUAUUAGUAUGUAUUAGUAUGCAUAUAACAAUAAUGUCUGGACCUUCAGUCGGGAACCGGGCUAAUUGUCGACUUAUCGUAUUAGUCAUGUACGGUCCGCAUUAGUAUGUAGGUAGUAUAGACGGGAUAACCAUCAUUUGAUACCUGACUAGCUGAGAGGCCGGAUCUGCGUAUAAAUAAGGGGGUGGGAAGGUAGUAGGUCCUACCGUCACCAGUAUGCAACGCUAUAUAAAACAAGGUCCUCAUCAUCUUUUGUUGCAAGUUCUUCGGAAUAAAAAUUCAAUCAUCGACGACAUAAAGCCACCAUCUAUAUAUCUGAUCUAUAUAUCUAAUCUAUAUAUAUCUAAUCUAUAAAUUCAUACGCCAACAUUCAUCACGAUGGCGUCCUAUGCACUCCAAGUACCAAGCGAAUAUGGCUACGUCCUAACCGUCGCCGCCUCAUCGUUCUUUAUCAACACCCUCCACUUCGUGCUGUCGGGCAAGGCGCGCAGGGAGAGCGGCCUGGCCUACCCGAUCCCCUACGCGACCCAGGAGCAAGCCGCCAAGGACCCCAAGGCCUACAAGUUCAACUGCGCCCAGCGCGCCCACAGCAAUUUCACCGAGAACAUAACCCCCUUCCUCGGCGCCCUGCUCAUCUCCGGUCUCUGGUUCCCAACUGCGAGCGCCGCCCUUGGCGCCGGCUGGGUCGCUGGACGCACGUGGUAUGCUUUAGGUUACACCUCGUACGGUCCCCCGGGCAGAACCAAGGGUUUCGCCAUCAGCAUCCUAUGUGACACCGUGUUGAAGGUUAUGGCUGUCAUUGCUGGUGUUAAGUUGCUUCCUCAGGCUUAGAGAUCGGGUACCUUAGUACAGAAAGAUAAAAGGGGAAAAGAAGGAAGAUAUUUACGGUUAGUUAAGGGACUUAAAUAGAGCAGAUCUUUUAAAAAUAGAAAGUUGCAUUAUUUCUCCUUGGAGAACAAAUA